UUGUAGUUCUGCUAAGAGGAGAUUGAAAAUCCUGCUUUACCUCAAGAUAAACCCGGUCACAAAAGGAUUAGUUCAUCAUUUCUACUCUCUUCAUUUUGGUCAGAUCUAAGCUCCGCUAGUAAUAAAAGAAAUAUUUCAACAAAUUAGCCAAAAUGAGGUCAAAAACGAUCCUCACAGUUCUGGCUCUGUCUUUUUUUGCGGUUUGUUCUGCGAGAUUUGAAAAUGCUACUGAAGCUGACGAAAACGAAGCUGUGCCUGGAGCCUACUGGUCGACAUACAACAGUUCCAUUGUCUUGAACGGAACAUCAGCAGCAAAUCUGUCUUUUGAACUUGGCUCGAGUAAUUAUACCACUGCCUAUGAGAUCAAGAAAAAGAAUAUCAUCGAUAUCGAGUCGGAAUGGAGAUUCGGAAGCACUCAAGACUUGACUGAAAACGACAGUCUGCUCAACAAAAUAUACCUGGAGCACAAAGCGAAACUGCUGGAAGAAGGCUUCGACAACGAGACCCUCUUUCGUCACUCCGAAUACUUCACCACACGAAACUUCACGAAUCGGCCGACCAACAUGGUCUACGAGAUCAUCAGACGACUGCCGAAGGGUGCUCUGCUGCACGCACAUCAGUCGGCAACUCACGACUUGAACAAAUAUCCAAAACUGUUGCUGAGCAUCGAAGGGUGUAAGAUAUGCGAGGGCAGCGGCUCUUAUAAGUUGCAUUAUUUCGAUGAAGGAGUCAACAUGCCCAAAGGUAAUCUGACAUGUCGAAAGUGUCCCACUGAGAACGAUACAGUUGCUUACGAGAAGGAACUGAAGACAUUGACUGCCCAACUGAGCAUGUACGAUGGGAUCGACUACAGCAAGGAGACAAUUCAGUUUAUUUGGGAAGAGUUUGAGAAGAAGUUCGGACCCACCGGCGAUGCUAAAGAUGCGUUCCAUGUCUGGAAAGCAAUGCUGGACUCCACUUUGGAUCUGCUGGUCGAAGACAACAUUCAAUAUGCCGAGUUCCGAACCGGGUUUGGUGACUUGAUGCUCAAGAAUGGAACUGUAGUUCCUUAUGACGAGGUUCUAGAGUAUCUGGAGGAACGAAUCGAGUUCUACAGUAACAAGUAUCCCAGUUUUUACGGGAUCAAUUAUGUCUUGUCAAAAGGACGUGUGGGUCUUUCGGAUGAGAAGCUACGAAAAAAGUUGGAAGCAGCAGACAAGUAUUUCAAGAGUUCUGAUCUGAUCCGAGGUUUCGAUCUCGUCGGAUCCGAAGAGAGCGGAAGGACACUUAAAUCCGUGUUGCCCGUUUUGUUGGACUGGAGAAAUGCUUCUCAGAGCACCAUGCCAUUUGUGUUGCACGCUGGAGAGACUCUCUGGACUGGCUUUGGGUCCGACGAGAAUGUGAUUGAUGCAGUCAUGUUGGGAACGAAAAGAAUCGGCCACGGAUAUGCCCUGGACGCCCAUCCUUACGUGCUCGAAUUGGUUAGGGAGAAAGAAAUUGGACUGGAGCUGAACCCCAUUUCUAACCAGGUGCUGGCACUUGUUGAUGACAUUAGAAACCACAGAAACAAGCGACUUCUGGACGUUGCCAACAAGCCUGGACAGCUUUCGAGCAACCCACUCCGCUUCUCUGUAAACUCAGAUGACUGCCUCAUUCUAGGAACCAAGCCCAUGACGGAUGACCUCUAUGCUGUGGUGAUGGCCAUGACCUCUAAAACUAGUGACCUUCGAGUGUUGAAGAGAAUGGCCUAUGACUCAAUCUAUAUUUCUCUCCUAACUGAUGAGGAGAAAGCCUACCUUACCACUCGCUUCGAAAGUCAGUGGGAUCACGUGGUCAUGGAGCUCUUGCUUGAGGAUUAUAAAGAAAACAGAUGUUAGAACAAGAGGUACGGCAAAAAAAACACGAGAGAAAAUUUCACGAUCAAAAACAAUAUAAGCAAACAUUAUUAACUGCAAUCUCAUGAAGUUUACCUGACUCGUAACCAAGAACUCGGUUUGUAACUGAUGGCUAUGCCCUAUGACUAAAUUCACUCUAAUCAGAUUUGACUUUGACUUUAAUAAAUUAUUCAAUCAGUUUAACAAAAUUUACUCA